UUCAAUGGCGCCGCGCCCAGUGAAUAAGAAACAAACAGCAGUUCUCUACCUUUAUUUAUACAUCAGGUGAAAAUUAAUGAAACAAAUUCUUUAAUGGAAUUCCCUAACACCCUUCCUUGAUUUUGGCCCUUUCCCCUUUCCCUUUCGCUGAAUCUUCUUCACCCAUCUGCUCUCCAUUUCUAAUUCCUCCCUAGGGUUUCUCUUCUGUUUUUCCCAUUUCGGUUUUCAUUCUCCAUGAAAAUCCUGUUUCCCUUUUGAUUUCUACGCAAUUGCAUGCUUUCCUUUUUGCGUUUCAAUCAUUUCUCUGCGAGCCUUUUCUUUUCUCUAACCAUUGCCUUGUUUUUUGGUGUUUUUGAUUAAUGCUGCCGCCUGAUUUUUAGUUCACUCGUCCAUUGUUCUUGAUUGGUUGACGUUAUUAGUGAAAUUCCCUACGUGGGUUUACUCACUUUUUCCAUCCUUGUUGUUUAUGCCGAAUCCCCAUUUCCCUAAUUCGCUUCAGAAGCUUGGAUUUUUUAUUCGGAUUCUAGGAAUUGGUAGCUAGCUGAGUUCAAUAUUGCAUCCGUGUUGGUCUCAAAAUUUUGAAUUAUUUCUUCCAGUUUGUAUUCUCAAUUGUGUAUAAGCAAUGGACGACGGGGAGCUUGAUUUUUCGAAUCAGGAUGUGUUUUCCAGCCCUAAUAUGGAGAUUCCAAGCAGUUGUUCAAUGGAUAGUUUCUUUGAUGAACUUCUCAAAGAUACUCAUACUUGUACUCAUACACAUACUUGCAAUCCACCAGGCCCUGACUACUCUCAUACCCACACGUGUUUUCAUGUCCACACUAAAAUUGUCCCUGCCCCAUCUGAAGAAGACAAGGUCGUUACUGAUGAUACUGCAGAAUCAACUGAGAAGAAGUCGAAGAAACGUCCAUUGGGUAACCGUGAAGCUGUUCGUAAGUACCGUGAGAAGAAGAAGGCUAGGGCAGCCUCAUUAGAGGAUGAGGUUGUUAGAUUGAGGGCUUUGAAUCAGCAUUUGAUGAAGAGGCUGCAGGGGCAAGCAGCACUUGAGGCUGAGAUUGCUAGGCUUAAGUGUUUGCUUGUUGAUAUUAGGGGUAGAAUUGAAGGGGAGAUUGGUUCUUUCCCUUACCAGAAAGCUCUUAAUCCUAACUUGUCCAACCCAAGCAUGUCUGGUGCUUAUGUGAUGAACCCAUGUAAUAUGCAGUGUGAGGAUCAGGUUUACUGCCUCCAUCCUGGGGUCGAUGGCAGCAGAAGCAGUGAAGGUGCUGUGAUUAAUGGACAAAGCUUUGGUGCUUGUGAAUUUGAAAAUCUUCAAUGUUUGGCAAAUCAUGACUCAGGAUCAAAAGAACUGCCUGGGUGUGGAGUAGGGAAUGCGGUUUCAACUGAUGUUUCUUCAGGGGCGACGAAGAAAAAAGGAGGAAGCCGUAAAGAGACAUGGACCUGAUGAAUGAAUCAAUCAAAAUGUCAACAUCUUCAUCCCGCCCAUGCCUGUGGGGGUGGUGCACCCCGCGAUCAAUAAGUGUUGUAUUGCCAUGCAACUGCAAUGUCUGAAUAUCUUCUCAUUAUCGAUUUUCUCUUGACCCAUUUGAGGUACUCGAAAUGGUGAAGCUUCUUCAAACGUGGUACUGCGGGUUCCAUACACAUCUUCGAAGGUUGAGAAGUGGAAUUGAGUAGAGCAUGGCAGAGUUUUAAUGAAUGAAAGUAUGGCAAAAGUGAAAGGCUCCAAUUGAUGGAUCGAACAAUAUUUCAUAUUGGCCUUCUUUAUAUUAAAGACUAACAGAAGGCAAUGUCAAGUUAUAUUGGUUUUGUUUUCUAUUUGAUUAGAGUUUCUAAUAAUAAGCAUUUUUAAAAUAA